AGCGGGUGUCAGCGGGGAGUCAUGAAGAGGAGUGGCACACCAGUGUGGGACAGAAGGAGCUACAGGCCCCCUCCCACAUUAAAGAGGAGCAGCUUCAUGAUGAAGAUGAAGCUCAGUCCUUACAGCUUCAUCACAGUCAAAGUGAGGAGAACAGAGGGGCGGAGCUUGUAAGUCAACACAUCACAGAAGCUGAUGGAGAGCAUUGUGAAGAUAUCAAGUCAGAACCAGACAGCAUCUUUGCUCCACUGUCAGACAUGGACCACAUGAUGUCACACUCUUCUGAUCACAGUGACCACAUCCAAAAACCUUUGGAGAGUAAAAAUGACUCUAAAGGUGAUACGAGACAUCACACUAACAACAAACACUUUGACUGCUCUGAAUGUGGGAAAUCAUUUAGACAGAAGAGUCAUUUUACAGUACACAUGAGAACACAUACUGGAGAGAAACCUUUUGCUUGCUCAGCUUGUGCUAAAAGAUUCAACACUAAUAAGGAACUUAUAUUACACGUGAGAACACACACAGGUGAGAAACCUUUUACGUGCUCCGUUUGUAAGAAGAGUUUCUCCACAAAACAGUACAUGACCACACACAUGAGAAUACAUACUGGAGAGAAACCUUUUGCUUGCUCAGCUUGUGCUAAAAGAUUCAACACUAAGAAGGAACUUAUAUUACAUGUGAGAACACACACAGGUGAGAAACCUUUUACUUGCUCCGUUUGUAAGAAGAGUUUCUCCAAAAAGGAACACAUGACCAGACACAUGAGAACACACACAGGUGAGAAACCUUUUGCUUGCUCUGUUUGUAAGAAGAGUUUCUCCAGAAAGGCACACAUGACCACACACAUGAGAACACACACUGGAGAGAAACCUUUUGUUUGCUCAACUUGUGCUAAAAGAUUCAAAUCUAAGAGGGAAAUGAUAUUACACAUGAGAACACACACAGGUGAGAAACCUUUUACUUGCUCUGUUUGUAAGACGAGUUUCUCCAGAAAGGAACAAAUGACCACACACAUGAGAACACACACUGGAGAGAAACCGUAUAGUUGCACUGUGUGUGAUAAGAUGUUCAGGUUUAAGAAUCAGGACAGUAAACACAAGUGUGUAACAGUCAUGGAAGCUGCAGGGAUUUAAAAACACUUAAACAGUGAUUGUGCUAAAUGUAGUUUAAAAACACAGCAUGUAUAAUAUGAAUGUAUAUUUGAUGUUGUAUGUAGUGCUGCUCAGUCCGAAUGAGACUAAC